GGGAAGCAGGGCAGUGGGCUGACAUCUUAUCCGCAAACUCAAAACAGAGGUAUCAUUUUCUAGUCAAUGAUGCCCCAGUUCAGUUGUUUCUGGUAGGGUACGUGGAACAAACUUUAGGCCAAGGGUUACUAGUUCACUAUGGUAUUGUAAAAUCUCCUUUGGGCCGAUCAGUUUUCGACAGCGCACAGAGCUCCGUAUACUUGGUUUGCUAAAAUAUGUAUACUGUUGCUACAGCCACCUGUCUGUUUCAGGGUCUCCAUCAUUCUGUAUAAAUUCUCAGAUUUAAUAGGCAUGUCGGACAUAGCUAAGGAUAAGGCAGCGCGCCUGUUAAAGAAAAGAGGCAGCGUAUCCUCUCUAAGCAGCCAUGAAGUCAGAGCAAAAGAAAUCCUUGGAAAAAACAAAGACUCCAUGAGUACAGUGUCUUAUAUGGAUGAACCUGGCCAUGAUAUUCCUCGUCUUGCCAUUCAAUUGGAGAACACUUAUCAGCUGGGUAUGGAACACUUCCUCCUCCAUCUCACACUAAAAAAAAUAAGCUCAAUACAGGUUAUUAAGGCUCGGGUAAAAGACCUUAUGAUACCAAGGUACAAAAUUAUUGUGAUUGUACAUAUUGGACAACUAAAUGAACAGAGCAUGCGAAUUGGAAGCAGAUGCGUUUGGGAUCCUGCAAGUGAUACAUUUUCAUCGUAUGUUUUCAAAAAUACCUCACUAUUUGCUCUUGCAAAUGUCUAUGCUGUUUAUUUUGAAUAAUGAAAAGCUCUAGUUUAUUAGUGGAAGAAAAAUAUCUAACUUAUCGUGUUUAUAUUGUAGAAAAACUGUUAGAAGACAGGUUUCAGUGGUAGCCGUGUUAGUCUGUAUCAGCAAAAAAAAAUGAGGCGUCCUUGUGACACCUUAGAGACUAACAAAUUUAUUUGGGCAUAAGCUUUCUUGGGCUAGAACCCACUUCAUCAGA